UAAAUAUUAGUCAAGGAAAACUAGUAAUAAAAACUAAUCAGUAUUUAGUAUUUAAAGAUUUUUUAUUAUGGGACUUUUGCGCUAGCCAUUGAAUAAAAAUAGUUAGAUGAUCACUAGGACAACAAUCAAAAGCUACAUGUGAAAAAAAAAACAAACUGAAUAAUGACCGAAAGAAUAAAGAUGACAAAAACAGCUACAGCUUGAUGACAAAAAAACUACAUAGAAAAGUAUGAUAAGAUAACAAGAAUCCCGUUAAUGACGAGGAUAAAAUCAUAUACUCUAAUUGGUAAAUAUCCCUUUAAAUAUGAAUACAGAUCUUUUUACUGAAUCAAGGAAUGGAAACAUUAGUGAAGUAGCAUCACUUCUACAGAAUGGUGCAAAUCCAAAUCAGUACAAUACACAUGGCUACACAGCACUCCACACAGCCUCUGAAUUGAAUCAUGGGGAUGUUGUUCAAAUCCUACUGGAAAACGGUGCUGAACCAAAUAUUAAGUCGAAUGAUGAACACAAAAUAAGUCCGCUUGGGAUUGCUAGUAUGAGAGGACAUAUCAACAUUGUAUCUAAACUUAUGAGGUACUCAGCUGAAGUCAAUAUUUGUGGCAGUAAUGGUCUUAGUCCUUUAUAUUCAGCUUCACAUGGUGGUCAUUUUGAAAUAGCAAAGGUGCUUGUUCAAAAUCGGGCCAACGUAAAAGUAAAUGUAUACGGAUUUUACGCUCUGCAUGCAGCUUCAAAAUUCGGUCACAGUGAUAUUGUUAAAUUGUUGCUCGAAAAUGGAGCAGACCCAAAUGUAGUAUCCACAUGUACUCAGGGUUCUACUCCUCUUUAUUUAUCUUGUAUGAAUGGCCACAUAAGCAAUGUUGAAAUUUUGGUAGAACAUGGAGCGAAUAUUAACACUGUUGCAGGACAAAACUGUUUAUCGCCUUUAUAUAUUGCUUCUCAAAAUGGACAUACAGCAAUAGUUGACUUUCUUUUAAAAAAUAAGGUCAACGUAAAUAGUCGCUGUGUAAAUGGAAUUACUGCUCUACAUGCAGCUUCUGAAAGGGGUAAUUUAAGUAUUAUUAAUUCUCUUCUGGAAAACGGUAGCGAUAUAAACCUUCAAUCAAGUUCAGGGUGCAGUGCUCUUUAUUAUGCCUCAUAUUCAGGGAAAGAUGAAACCGUCAGUCAACUUAUUCAUUAUGGUGCUGACAUUAAUUUAUGCAGUAAUACGGGUUGCAGUCCAUUUCAUACAGCAGUUGAAAACGGUCAUCUGCCUGUAAUAUCUAUUCUUCUCACUCAUGGCACAGAUAUUAAUCUGCAGACGGAAGCGGGGGUAACUGCCCUUCACUUAGCGGCAAAAAAAUCUAAUAUCAAAGUAAUACACAUUUUACUCCGAAAUCAUGCGGAUGUUAAUUUGAGCACUAGCCAAGAUUUUAUAAGUCCCUUGCACACAGCAUCGGCAAAUGGUUACUUUAACGUUGUUCAAACUCUUAUCCAAAAUGGAGCAAAUAUAAAUCAUCGAUCAAACACAGGUAUAACUGCAAUAUUCUUUGCAUCACAAAAAGGUCAGAGUAACAUUGUCAAAUAUUUACUAAGAAACGGAGCUGACCUUAACAUUUGUACAAUGGAAGGAUUCAGUCCACUUCACAUAUCCUGUGAAUUGGGACAUAAAGAAGUAGUUGACGUCCUUUUACAACACAACGCAGACCCCUUUCAUUGUUCUAAUAAUGGUUAUAAUGCCUUCAUAUUUGCAUUUGUGAAACAGGAGGUAGACAUUUUAGGUCUAUUAGGGCUAAACUGUAUACGUAUUUGGAUCAGAAAAUUAAUUUUGUUUGUUGUGAUUGGAUUUGUUGCGAUGAUAUUGGCAUUUCUGUUCGAUUAGAUACAUAAGUCUACCAUACACAGACUAUCGUAAAUCAAAUUAAAGUCCAGAUCGAACAUUUCAUAAACGCGUACAGAACUAAUUUGCCUGUUUAGAAAUUCCUACUCGGGAUGUCACAAAACUGGAUUACACAUACACAAACUUUCGUUACCAUGACGGUCGUCAUGUAGUGCAAAGACAAAGAGAAGGUGAUGGCCCUUUUAAGUAUUAACUAUUUCCAAUAAUCUUAUAACUAAAAUAUGACAAUCGUGCUAUAUUUGAUGUUUGAAAUCAUAAGUUGAUACGUAAAUUUGAAUGCUUUCGUUAAAAUCAUAUUUUAAAUGAAAUGAUGCCUGAAAUGAAAGUGCCAAAAUUGAACACCAAAAAAUAAAACCUUUACCAGGAAAAAAGAUAUGAAGUUCCCUGCCUUUCUUACGAGCAUUUUUGAAUUACAGUCUACAGUGUCGGAUUUAUGGCAAAAUGUGUUUUCAUCUGUAACAUUCAGUCGUAUAAAGAUAAGUAUACAGUAACUGAAAUACCGUUUAACCAUACAUAUGAAUCUAUACUCCAUAGAAACAAUAUGAUAAUGCGUGCCGUCAAUUGCAUACUUGGAAAACAUUACUCCGAACCACGUCUUUCUAUAAUUCUUUAGGUAUUUGGGAGAAUUUGUAAUUCUCUUAAAUCAGGUGUUUCAUCUUCAUUUCCUGAUUUUGAUAAAAGCGGCAUGGGAAUUUACAGUUUCUUAACAUUUCGAUUCGAAUGACUGUAAAUUUAUGUAUAAAAACAGAUGAAUAGAGUCGCGAUUCGUAUCCUAUCCUGAACUUUGAAGCCUGUAAGCCAGAUCAAUUUUUUAGAGGUGUCAGUAUACAGCUUUACAAAUUUGAUGAUACUGAUUGUCCUUCUUUACUAUUAAAAUGUAUAUCGCAGUAAAGAAAGGUACAGAAGAAUGGUACUGUUUUUCAAACCUAUUAUUUAUCAAAGAAAAUUGAUGAACUUUAUAAAGGAACUUUUGCCUCAGAAGUCUCAAUUAAGUUCUUGAUAUUUUUGGUUUAGACUCUAAUCUAUACAAUGGUAAUUUUCUUAUUAUUGGUUCCAGUACUUCGUCAGGAUCUGUAAUUAUUAACGACCAGCUUUCCAAACUCUUGGUCGAUGGACAUCUGAUAGUUAUUGCCGUUAUAUCCGGAUUUCCCAGGACACAAUGUCGAAAGGAGAGAAGUUUUUGAAAUUGUCUAAAAAUUUAUAAGUAUAGAAAUAUGUAUAUAGUUCAUUGAACUUGUAAUUAUAUUGUUUAACCAAAGAGACAAUAUACUUUAACUGUACAUGUGAAGCCUGGGAUGAAAAUGACAUUUAUCAGUUUUAAACUUUACUUGUUUUCGGAGUAAUCAUCCUUGUGAGAGUUAAUGUUUUGUUGAUACAUGUGAACAUAUCUC